UUGGUGUCCGGUAUUUAGCAAGCCAAUAGUAAAUCACAUGACUACAAAAUGGAGUAAGGCACACAAUUUCACCUCCAUAACGUUUGAUGUUAAAACCAUUAAAUUUUAGUAUCAUGGAUUGAAAGUAAUGGCAAAUGAAUACAUCAGAAUGGAUCAAGAAAAUACAGCAAUGGAUGGGGAUGUUACACCCACAGUGAGAGGCUCAUCAACAACUGUGACAAACAGAAUGAAGAAAGUAUUGGGUAAAUCUGGGACUAUGAAUGAUCAGCCAAGUGACGACAGCACACGUUAUCACACAGAUGAUGAGUACAGCUUUCUUGCAGCGGGUAGAGAUUAUGAGUCGAUGAACACAACUCACAAGUACACGGACCAGGAAAGAUUAACUCUAGCUGCUUAUGAAAGUUUGGAUUAUCUCCCUUCACAUAAUGACAUCUACAAGAAAUGGAUAAAGCAUCAGAGAAUUUCCAGUUACCAGCUCGAUGUUUGGGCGUUGAUGGGAUUUAUUGGAUUUACAAUUGGUGUCAUUGGAUUCUUACUGCAUCAACUGAUAGAAAAAAUAGCUGAUGUCAAAUGGGAGAUAACUCAGAAAUAUAUUGAGGAUGGUGAAUUUAGUUUGGCAUGUUUGUUUGCCACAGGGUACAGUGUCGCCUUUAUAAUAUUCAGUGCUGGUAUUGUUAUUUAUCUCCGUCCAUGUGCUGGUGGGUCUGGUAUACCGGAAAUCACUGGUUUUCUUAAUGGCACAAAUGUUCGACAUAUCUUCAACAUUAAAACAAUGGUUGUGAAAUUCUUUUCUUGUGUUACUUGUGUUGGAUGUGGUUUGCCAGUAGGACCAGAGGGACCCAUGAUCCAUUUAGGGGCCCUAGUUGGAGCAGGUUUAAGUCAGUUUAGGUCAGAGACUCUUGGAAUAAAGCUUCCAAUCUUAGAAAAGUUUAGGACGUCUGAAGCAAGGAGAAACUUUAUCUCAGCGGGGGCAGCAGCGGGUGUGGCCUCAGCUUUCGGUGCUCCUGUAGGAGGUCUGUUGUUCUCUAUGGAGGAAGUGUCGUCUUUCUGGACGGUGACACUCUCAUGGCAGAUUUUCUUCUGUUGUAUAGUGUCCACGUUCACAACUGAUUUGUUCAACUCGGCCUUCAUGGACUUUGAUUAUACAGGCAGCUUUGGAAAGUUUAAAACUAACAGAUAUAUCUUGUUUGAGAUUGACCAAGGAGUAGAUGUGAAUAUUGUCAUGUUUCUACCAACCCUGAUCAUCGGAAUAAUUGGAGGUCUUCUUGGAGCCGCAUUCACCAUUCUCAACUUGAAAAUUACAAGAUUUAGAAAAACUGUAUUGUACAAAGUGAAACGAGACUGGGCACAAAAACUCAUCAAACUGCUGGAACCUUGCCUUAUAAUGGUAAUCGUUACUAUAUUCUCAAUUCUUAUACCAGCUGCAUUUACUUGCACGCAAUUCACGUGUAUUGAAGGCCAGACAGGGGAUGCUGUAAAGGGUUGUUUCAAUGAUACGAGAAACGCUUUGCAUGUAGAUGAGUAUGUAAUUAGGUACACAUGUCCUCAGGGUACAAUAUGGAGGAGUUCUAACACCACUGUCCUCACAAAUGGCACUUACAAUGAAGUUGCCUCCCUGUUAUUUGGUACUCUAGAGGAUGCUGUGACGUUCCUAUUUUCACGUGACACACAUCUAGAGUUCAACUAUCCAGCAUUAUUUUCCGUCCUGCCAUUUUAUUUUAUUGCUGUGUCCUGGGCUUGUAGUACUGCUGUGGCAUGUGGUGCACUUGUACCUAUGUUAAUGGUGGGUGCAAUAUAUGGCCGGAUUGUUGGUCGUCUAAUGGUCAGCAUGUUUGGACUUCACCAGACAGGUUACUGGGAGUGGAUGGACCCGGGUGCAUUUGCACUUAUAGGAGCUGCUUCAUUCUUUGGUGGAGUCACCAGGCUUACACUCGCAACAACAGUUAUUAUGAUGGAGUUGACCAAUGAUGUUCAAGUUCUCCUGCCUGUAAUGGUUUCUGUGAUGGUUGCAAAGUGGGUGGGGGAUUUCUUUACACAUCCAAUUUAUCAUGCUCUGCUGGAGUUAAAAUGUAUACCCUUCCUUGAUCCUGAACCAAGAGUUACCAUUGAUAAGAAAAUGCUAGGAGGUGAUGACACUAAAGGAGGUUUUAUUAGGGUGAAUCUAGAGUUAUUCCAAGCAGCUGAUAUAAUGUCUCACCCUGUAGUCACUGUGCAGACACACGAACACGUGCAGACACUUGCCCAACUUAUGACAGAUUCUUCGCAUGGAGGGUUUCCUGUUAUAAAGAAAGGAGGCUCGGACGAUGAGGAACACUUUUAUGGAAUGAUUACAAGGUUGGAGUUGACAGUGAUAAUGAUGAAUGAGGAUUUGUUUUUUCCAGCUGCCGAGAUAAACGAUCAUUACAGUUCUCCGGAUGAUCCAUCGUGGAUAGAAUUUGAUCAGUUGAAUAUACACAAGGUACAGAACCCAGAGGAAAUUAGUGACAAGUUAUUCAAAUAUCUACAUGAUUCCAAAUACAAGGAUCUUGUCAUUGAUUUGAAUCCAUAUAUAAACCAGUCAGCAUUAGCAAUUCCGGAGAAGUUUUCGUUGAAGCGUACCUAUGUGAUAUUCCGUACUCUCGGACUGCGCCAUUUAACUGUGAUAGAUAAUAACAAUAUAGUCAAAGGUAUAAUAACGAGGAAAGACCUGAUGGGAUUCAGUCUUCAAGAAAGACUCACAAACAGACUCAUUCUGAAUCAUACCCUCAACGGCAGGGUAGAAAUGACACCAGUAGCCAGUGAUUCCAAUUUUGUGUGAUUUGAUUAUAAUAUAUAUUGACAUGUUGAAAUGGACGGGACCAAUGUCUACAACUUUUAAGAAACUAAUACUUUAAAAUUAGAUACUGUAGAAUCAUUUAAUUACAUGGGAAUGAAAUUUCGUGGUUUUGACCAAAAACAGCUAUUUUAUGGGAAUAUAUAUGAGUUUGUGGAUUUCAAAUUUUGAACAUCAGAUGAUUGGGAAUUCAGUCUGUCUGCUAACACUCCUUGCAGACAUCCUUACUAAGAAAAGUUAGAGGAUUUUAAUACACACUAAAAUAAUUAUGAAAACUAGAUGUUUUGAAUUCAUUGUAGCUGCUCGGACUGUAUCAAUGUAUGGUAUCGGGUAUAACUCCUCUUACAAAACUUAAGACAGAGUAGAAAACAAAUGGGAAAAUUGUUAGUUCAAUAUUGUUACAAAUAUUACAAUAUUAAAAAAACAUGUAUUUGAAAUUUGGUAUCUUGAACUCUUUAUUUCAAAAUUUUGGCUUUCUUGGAAGAAAUUUUCAGGUCUCAUCAAAAUUCCUUCCUUCUUUAUGUAUUUUUACUCAGUUUAAGUCAAAAUCAACAUACUGUGACUUUGGUUGUGCUUGGGUGAACUUAAAGCCCUGUCAGUCAAAUUCCUAAGUGUGGCGAGUUAAAGACUUCUUACUUACUUAAAGGCCUGUUUAUGCAUUGCAAAUACAUAAUAAACAAAACCUAUGAAGAAAUGCAUUUCAGAUUUGUAAUACUGUCGUGUUGACAUGUACAGGUAUAUGAGGCAACAACAACACAUUUAGUGAACAAUACUUGUUCCAUGUAUCAUUUAGAAGUUAAAUUUCUAUUAUUUUGGAAUAGAAUACUCGGUCCCUAGGAAUUCAAGGUACUAAAUUUUAAUUGUAUUCUGUUUUUAGCUCAUCUGAUUUUUUGAAAAAAAAUGAUGAGUUAUUGUCAUCACCUGAGCGGUUGUCGGCGUCGGCGUCGGCGUUGCCUGGUUAAGUUUUAUGUUUAGGUCAGCUUUUCUCCUAAACUGUCAAAGCUAUUGCUUUGAAACUUGGAAUACUUGUUCACCAUCAUAAGCUGACCCUGUAUAGCAAGAAACAUAACUCUAUCUUGCUUUUUGCAAGAUUUAUGGCCCCUUUUGUACUUAGAAAAUAUCAGAUUUCUUGGUUAAGUUUUAUGUUUAGGUAAACUUUUCUCCUAAACUAUCAAAGCUAUUGCUUUGAAACUUGGAAUACUUGUUCACCAUCAUAAGCAGACCCUGUACAUCAAGAAACAUAACUCCAUCUUGCUUUUUGCAAGAAUUAUUGCCCCUUUUGGACUUAGAAAAUCAGUUUUCUUGGUUAAGUUUUAUGUUUAGGUCAGCUUUUAUCCUAAACUAUCAAAGCUAUUCCUUUAAAACUUGCAACACUUGUUCACCAUCAGAAGCUGACCCUGUACAGCAAGAAACAUAACUCCAUCCUGCUUUUUGCAAGAUUUAUGGCCCCUUUUGGACUUAGAAAAUAUCAGAUUUUUUGGUUAAGUUUUAUGUUUAGGUCAACUUUUUCUCUUAAACUAUCAAAGCUAUUGCUUUAAAACUUGCAACUCUUGUUCACCAUCAUAAGCUGACCCUGCACAGCAAGCAACAUAACUCCAUCCUGCUUUUUGCAAUAAUUAUUGCCCCUUUUGGACUUAGAAAAAUCAUUUUCUUGGUUGAAUAUUAUGUUUAAGUCAACUUUUCUCAUAAACUAUCAAAGCUAUUGCUUUAAAACUUGCAACAGUUUUUCACCAUCAUAAGUGGACACUGUACAUCAAGCAACAUAACUCUAUCCUGCUUUUUGCAAGUGUGAUGGCCCUUUUUAGACUUAGAAAAUCAUGGGUAAGGACAAUAUUUCUAUUAUACAAAAAAAAUCAGAUGAGCGUCAGCACCCGCAAGGCGGUGCUCUUGUUUCUUGAUUUUGUGAAGUAUUGGGCCAUCAAAAUUAUCAAAUUUUACAGCAUUUCAUUUUAGAAACAUUUACUAACUCUUACUGUAUCAGGGUAAUAAUAGCCAUGAAAAAAAAACCUAUUUUUUAUUAUUUUUUUUUAUUGCAAAUCAAUGUAGACAAGUUGUGAUGCUACUGUGUAGCUAUUUUUUCUACAGGAUAUUUUGUUGAUGAGUUUUAUCAUCCUUCAUUACUAAUUCAUUUGUUGAAACAUUCCUAACUAAAGUGUGUGACUAAACAUUUGUAACAGAAGAAUCCACGGUAAGAGAAAAGUUUGAAGGCAUAUUUUUCCCCAUGUAAAAGCCUAGGCCACUUCCUGUAGCAUUUAUGUGAAAAUUUAGAAAACUUUCGAAAGCUUCAUAUUAGAGAUCAUGACACAUGACGGUCAGCAAGUUUUUGUUAGACAAACAGCAUUCUUGUAUGUAAAGUAGCUGAAGGUGCACAUGCUUUUGCAUAAAAAGACAGAAAAGGUGGAAAAAGCAUACUAACUCUUAUCAUGCUGAACAGGGUUUAUUCUGCCUUUGCGACCAGUGCACAUCUGUGCAGUCUGAUCAUGAUCUACACUGUUCGCCAUUCAAUCAGAAUAUUUUUGGUAAGCACCCCUUUUGGUUUAAACAAUACUUUAUUCAUAUACAAAUGUAUGUACAUUUACAACAUAGAACGCUACAUUAUUAAGGCAUGAAGGAUUGAGUAGAAAGCUAAGCUUAUUUGAAACUCUCUCCUUAUAAGCAGUUAAUGGUACUGUCCAAAUUGAAAGAUGGACAAGUUCAUUAUAGAAAUUCAGCAGGGUAAGGGUUAAGAAUACAUAAUUUGUUGAUUAUCAUUACAGGCCAGCUACCUUAAGAAAAUAUAAACCAUAUUUGUGUUAUUACCAAAUAAUGGAAUUAUUACCAGUUAACCAUGUUUUAUCGGUAUUUAACCACGUGUUCAAAUGCUUCUUGCCACGUACUAUUUUUCUUGUUGCUUUUCUUACAAGAUUGCUGUCUAUAAAGUUCAUUUCUUGUUAUAACAUGAGUGUUAAAGAUAUGGAUUAGAGAUAAGCCAGUGCCUGUAUUCCAACAUUAUAAGUCUGAAAUUUAGACAUAGAUUUUAAAUCCCUAAAAAUUCAAAUUGCAGUAACUUCCUUUGUAGUAAAUCUACAUAGCUGAAACUUUGCACAGCUUUUUGUUGUGGUGUAUGUCAGACUCAUGCCAAGUUUCACUAAAAUUCGUGAAAGAUCUACAAAUAUUGGACAAAAGGGAAUUUUACUGUUUCAAAGUCUUCAGUUUGAGUUUCAGACUUAAAAUGAUAAUGAAUAUGUGCUCACGUUAGAUGUACAGUGUAUGCUUUUUUUGUGCAUUUCACAUCAUUUCUAAACUUAAGAAUGGUCAAUGCUUAGGGGUUUUAUUUUUUCUGUAUGAGAAGUUGAAAGCUUUCUUUUUACUUUAGUUUUACCUAUUUUACAUAUCAUUUUUUAUAAUUGUUUGCAGCUGUUGAAAAAUGUAUUGAAAACAUAUUUUACAUACAAUACUCAUGUUUAUUGUGAUAUCUUAAAAAUGAGAAAACUAGUAAACAUACAUUGUAAGGUUUAUCGCAGUAAGUUUUUAGAAUACUGGGCCCUUAUAAUUCAUUGCAUAAAAAUUGAACAUGGGGACCACCAUAUAUUCAUUUCACCACAGUUUUGUUUAAAGUAUACUGGGGAAUCGUUUAAUUUCCAAGGCACAAAAUGUCAUGGUUUGGACCAGAAUGGCUAUUUUGUGAGGACAACAAUUUGUGGAUUUCAACUUUUGAACAUAAAAUGAAUCGGAAUUUUACUUGUGCGUUGGGAUUUAGUUUGAUGGACUGACUCAACUGUGAAAUCCGCAAAAAUCAUGAAUAUUAAUUAAUUUUGAGCAUUUAUAUUGUAGACGUUUUGCUAACCUGGCUGUAGCUGUAGAAAAUCAAUUGGUGCAUAGUUUUGUGACAACAUGUGCUAAUUUAACAAUAUCAGAAAAAGAAAUAAAAUUAACAUCUUUGAUGUCGAGUCCAAAUGUCAGACAGAUAUGGGCUCUGAGGGCCACUGUUUUCAAACUUAUAUCAAAUGUUUUUGUUAAUGUGUUUUUGUAUGAUGUAUUUUAUGAUAAUUUUAAAACAGGCCUCCAGAUUUAUGUUAACUUUUUUAAAAAAAUGUUAAAAGUAUGUUGACGUUCAUUUUUAGUUCAAAGCAGUAUGAUUCUGUAAAGUCACAUAUAGUGUAUGGGAUAAGAAAAACUCUCAGAAGUAUUAGUGUUGCACUAAUCAGUUACGUUAUUUAGCAUAAAUUAUAAUCAUACUCGUAAAUAUUUUUGCUUACGGGAAUGACAUUUCCGGUGAUUUUGCCCAUGCUGUCAAAACUUAUUUGAUACACCCUAUUCAAGAUGACUCUUGUGUUGUUAAUUACAACUAAUGUUUUACAUCUGUGUAUUGGAUUUGUGCUUUGAUUAUGUACUUUUUGUGUAAAAUUGGAUAUAAAUCAAAAUACCUUGAUAGUUGCUCUUUGUUCCUUAAACAUAGUAUAUUUCUCGGUUCAGAAAAGGUUAUUGUAAAAAAAUAAAACAUAAUGAUAUGCUACAUAUUAUAAAACUAAAUCAGACCUUUUAUGCAUGUUUGAAACAGCAAGAAGUCUGUUUGUGGAUGUUAAUUUUAUCGUGCUUUGUUUGAAUACACAACUACAAAGAAAGUAACGGUAGUCCCUUUUGCUUUAUUUGUACUACAUUUUUUUAAAUAUGAUAGGCAAUAAAAGAUAAUUUACCACCGGUUGUAGAUCAUGGAAAUGCUACUGCAAAAACAGUGUCCCUCGGACCUGGUACUCCCGUUUGUGCCAUCUACAAUCAGUGACAGAUUAUUGUCAUAAUUAUUUAUGAUCCUAAAUACCCCAGACUUUUUUUCAUGUUUUAAAAAAUGAUAUCAUGACAUUAAAUGUGGCCAUUUCUAACUUUGCUAGAUUAUUUUAUAUGUGUAUAACAUUUGCUAACGACACCUUAUGUCUAGACGUUGUUUUGUUUAUAAUAAAUUUUAACAAACUU